AUGGAUGCCAAUCCCGCCGCGCGCAAAUCAGCCCCCUACGGUCACGCCUGUGCGGGCUGCUCCAAAGCCAAGUGCAGGUGUAUUGGCCGGGGGCCUGCGGGCACGAGCUGCGAGAGAUGUCAUCGCCUGAAUAAGGAAUGCCAGCCCUCAACUGUGGUUCGGAAGCGCCCGGUUCGGCGUGUUGUUCCCGCUACUUCCAGGAAGACCUCCGGCCUGGAGGCUAAAUUGGACGAUCUAGUCACCCUGCUCAAAUCCCAAGCGGUCGUUGCCGCGGCCUCCAGUUCGACAGAGACUGCAUCCGGUGCUACACAGCGCCUUACCAACGGUAUCGUUCCUCCCACUGAACAGCUGAAUAGCCAGACCCAGACCGGAGCCCUGUGCCAACCCCCUGUUGCUCAGGAUUCAAGCUCAUCGCCUUCCUUUUUGUCCGGAACAUCAUCUUCCUAUGCCGCUACACCACCAGGCUUCCUUCCACCCGUGGUGGAAGGCUCUGCAGAGUUGACCAUCGUGGAAGCUGAAGGGAUCUUGAAGACUUUCAAGGAAUGCCAUUUGAAGACAUUUCCAUUCCUAGACCUUCCAGAUCAUCUCAAUAUUGGAAGCUUCCAACGCGAACAACCAUGUUUGUGGCUUGCCAUUCGUGUUAUCCUCAGCCGCUCAUCAUCAGAGAAACACAUCCUCGACACACAGUUCCGGAAUUUAAUCGGUCAGCGGAUGCUUGUCGAAGCAGACCGCAACAUGGAUUUGUUACAAGGUCUCAUUACAUGGCUGUCAUGGAUGAUGGAUCACAAUAGAGAGAAGAAAACUCUAUGUUUAUUUUCCAAUAUUGCGUGCUCGUUGGUAUUUGACCUCCGGUUAGAUAGAACGGCUGGGCAAGAGUACCCCUGCAAAGAGACGAGUGCUGCAUUCGCAUACAGCUUUCCAGUUAAAUCUCGGGCGCCAGCGCCCAGACGCACAAAUCAAGAACGAAGAACGGUACUGGCUUGCUUUUGCAUCUGCACAAGCAUUGCGGAUUUUCUCAGAUCACAGUCGAUGCGAUGGACGCCCCAUAUGGAAGAUUGCUUGCAACACCUGAUUAACAACCCAGAACUCCCAGGUGACCGAACUCUGGCGGCCAUCACCCAAAUCCUCCAAGUCACGGACGACAUGUUGGUUGCGUACAACAGUCGCUUUUUCGAGGUCGAGGCCGGUUUAACUCCAAAAGCACCAUUAAUGAUCUAUGUUAAAUCAUUGUCCUCUCGGCUGGAUGCCGUCACCAAGUCCAUCCCCCCGGAGAUUCUCAGUGAUAAGUUUGUGCAAUCGUAUGUUACCUGUGCUGUGGCCAGCAUCAACGAGCUGGGAUUGCCGUACCUCUACGACCCGACUGAUACCACCGGUUCUUACGAUCAUCGCAACUCGGAAUGUGUUUUCGCAUGCAUCGAAUCAUCGAAGCAGUGCCUUGAGAACGGCGUGUUUGCGCUGUCCUCAGAUGACUGUCUUGGUCUCACUUUGAUGAUAGUUAUUCACCUGGCUCGCUGCACGCACAUUCUGUACAGGCUCUGUAUCACCCAGCACCCAAGCGUGGAUCGUCAGAUGGUACGGAACUCAGUAGAUCUAUUCGGUCUGAUGGAGAAGAUUGCCGAGAAGUUCAGCAAGGCAGCUCACGCCAAGGGGGCGUACAGCUUUGAGGCCAACGUUUUUAUGAGGGCCUCCGUCGUCAUGAGACAGGCAAUCCCGCUUUGGUCGAGAACGUUUGCUGAGACGGAUGCAGCCGUGGCGGCCGCUGCUCAAAGCACAAGCGAGCCCCCAGAGCGAUUAACGCCGAUGCCUUCGACAGCAAUGACGCCUGCCACGACUGGAGGUGGAACUGAGGAGUUCACGCCCAUGGAUUUGUCUGAAGAUGCGUGGUUGGAUCUUCUCACCAACUGGGACGGGUCGUACUAA